AAUUUGCUCGAGCGGUAGCCUCUCUUUGCGGGUCUAACUUUAGAAGUAUUCCCGAAAUAACCACCGAGUGCGUCGGCAGCUCCCUUUCCGCCAGCACGCCGUGCAGAGGGAGAACGCGGUGACAAUUUUUUCCUGAAUUACAUCGCAAGUCUAUCGUGUACUCACAGUAGCGGUCGAGCCGUUGCGCCGUUGCACUUGGUUGUGUUUAAUCACUAAGAUACAAAGGAGAUACUCGCUGUCGGAGACCCCCUGUUGUCCUCACAUGCCGCAAUAAUGAACGAGAAGAACAACGAUAACAUUAAAGUCGAAGCGCUCGAAAUGGAGAGGAAAGAGAACGAAGGGGAGUGUAGCACCAGAAAACGUACAAAAGAAGAUAGAUCCAAGAAGAAGGAUGACAAGAGACCAUCGGAACAAUAUUCGAAAGUUCUCAGUCAUAUCUCGAGUCCAGAAGACAAGUUGGAUGUAAUGUGUAAGAAAUAUUCACAGUCAGUCGACGAGAAUCGCAGGCUGUCAUUGGCACUGAAACAUUCAGAAAAGAAAGUAGAGUUGCUCCUGAGAGAGAGGGAGCAGCUCCAAAUUGAGCGUAGCAAAAGUAUCAUGACUAGGAAAAGAUUGGAGAACCUCUGUCGUGAGCUACAGAAGCAGAAUAAGAUAGUGAAGAACGAGAGUUUGCAGAGGGUCAAAGAGCAGGAGGAGAUCAGAAAAGACUUGUCGGAAAAGUUUCAAGGUGGUCUGGCACAAAUAACCACUCUCAUGAAUCAGAACAUUGAGAAGAACGCUAAAAUGUACGAGGAGAAUCUUGAGAUAAAUAAGAAAUUCAAGGCAGUCUACGAGCAGGUGGAGCAGAAGGAGCAGCAACUGUUGAAGGUGCAUCAGCAGAUGAAAUUGGACCUGCAAGUGGCCGACGCCAAGCUGGCUAAGGUGAAAAUGGAGGCCACUGCCGAGAAGGAGACGCUGCUGAAGGAAAAGCAGCAGCUUCUGCUGAAAAUGACAGAAUAUCAGACUCAGAUCAGGGAGUUGCAAGCUAAUGAGGUAGGAUUGCGCAGUGAGAUCAGCAUGUAUACUGAUAAGUACGACGAGUUCCAAAACGCACUCAAUCGGAGCAACAAGAUCUACGGCGAGUUCAACGUAGAGAUGGAGAAGAUGACGAAAAAGUUGUACGCGCUGGAGAAGGAGACGAGUUUGUGGAAGCAGCGCUGGGCCAACAGCCACGACGCGCUAUUGGCGAUGGCGGCCGACAAGCAGUCGAGAGACGGUGAGAUAGCGAUGCUCAGCAAAAAGUUGACCUUGCUUCAGGACCUGUGCAAGAUGUUCCAGUGUGAGAGGACGAAACUGUUGGCACAGCUGAAGUCGCAGAGCAACCCCAAGGCGCCCACACCGGAACCAGCCAGCACUGCCGCGCUCGAAACGCAGGAAGUCGUCAAGUACAUGAAACAGAUGGACGAGUUACCAAACUUGGAGAACACCUUUGAACAGCUGCAAGCCUCGCUGGCCGAUGUUUCCGAGGCGAUGCGAAGAAAUUCAGACACGAGCACGAAAGUAACGCCAGCAAACUGUACCACGGAAGCGGAACAGAAGCCAGAGACGACAGGAACCGAGUCAGAUGAGAAGAAUGUCGAACGACUACAAAGCGGGCUCGAAAACGCCGCCGGAGACUCAAAUGAAGAUUGCGACUCGUCGAAACUUAACGGGGAUACAACGAAACCGGUAUUCUAUGAUGAUUUUGUCACGUUAGAUUAUGUGACGGAAACGGGGGAUGUUGAGGAGCAGCUAAAUAGUCAGGAAUCGCCAAAUACGAAUAAAAAGAAAUCAACGAUAACGAUGAUCAGCAAUGAGGAAUCAGGCGAGACCUCCAACCAGUCGGUAGAAUCAUCGAGACAUGAGGAAGUACACGAGGCCUCUCACAAGUUAACAGAAUUAUCAAAGACUGAGGAAGUAAGUGAAGAGACUAGUGAAGUCACGAAACCACUGGAAGACGCGGAAACGAACGACAAAUCGGAUCAUGUAGAGGAACAAAUACACAAAAAUAUUGAAGAAACCAACGGUGAGGCGAAUAUCGAGAAACCAAAUGAGGUUCCUGAGCAAAAUCCUAUGAAAUUUUCGAGAUUGGAAUUCAAGACUCUUGAUAUUGUACAAGCGGCAGACUUAACACAAGAGAAGGAAGUAGACUUAUUACGUGGUGGCGCGAAUAAUCAUUUGAACGAGCAGUUGAAAUCAAGUCAAGCCGUAAAAAAUUCAAGCGAUAAUAGUAAAACACACGAAAACACGACGGCUGCAGAGGAGAACGCGAGCAUAGAGGUUGCAUGUGCGAACUCAACUGUCACUUGUAAUGAAACGUCGGGAGAUCACGCGCAAAAUCAAGCUGCAUUAGUCGAAAGCAAUAUUGAGUCUGUAGCUGGAACCACAAAUAAUAGCGAGACCGCAACUGAGUCUAUUAGCGUGCUAGUUAAAAAUACUUCUGAGGCCUCCAAGACUGCUGAUGUAGCUGCGGCUGAAGUUGUGACCUUGAUAGUCCAAGAGAAAUCCGAGGUCGUAUCUGAAACUGCCAAUGAAGUAGUUCAAAGUAGUUCUGAGCUAACCGACGAUAUAGUCGAUACUCGUCUGGCUAAAGACGCAUUAUCAGUAGGUGAAGAAAGUACUUCUAAGAUCGCAACAGAGGCUACUAGUAUACCUGCAAUCGAGAGCAUCACUUUGCCGAAGGAGGCACCAACGAAAACACCGUCGACAUCGGAGAACGACUGCGCGGAGGAAAAACUCAGCAAACCGGCACCGAUAAAGAAGAGAAGAAGGAAAUGAGAGCAGGCAUCAGCGUCAUUUCGUUCCUCGACGCGCAAUCAAGAUGUGACAUAGAAAUGACACGAAGAAUGUAUAGCUAAAAAUCAAUCAAAACUAGAUCUUUUCUUGUUUCAUAAUAGAACAUCCAACGAUAUAGUGAGAGACGCAGAGAUACAAAAAUGUUUAAGGACUUUAUUAGGGAUUUUUCACGCUUUGCACAUGUGCAUAAAUAUUUAAAAAUUCCUACAUUAAAUCGAUGUCAUUUAUACAUCACUAGUCCUCUAGAACAUACACAUGGAAAUACCUAAUCCUAUUUCUCCUAGAAAGAAGCAACUUGAUUCGUUUCAAUCAUUCUCAUCGUUUCUCCCGCCAUGUUCAUCGAUCCAUCCAUAUGCACGUCGACAGAUUUCUGUUUCAUCAUUUAUAUAGAUGUCAGGUAUGUGCUGUUGUUACAAGAAAAGAAAGGCGAAACUUCAGUUAUAUUCGAACGAAUAUUGCUAAAUCAGAUUAUAUAUUAAUACGAAAGAAUUAAUAAAAUAAAAUAUAAGAGACUUUGAUUUUUUGCAUAUAAAGGUGAAAAAAAGUUCAGAAACUCUGCACAAACUCUGGAGGUAAGUUCUACAUAUUUAAACAAGAAAACAAUGUCACACAUAUAUCCGGAAAUAUCUGCUUUAUAAUUCUGAGUUAUAAUCGAAAGAUUACAUUCAACAAUGAAAACUCAGAUGUCAUAUUUUACUUUAAAUUAACAUAUAAUACGUUUACAUAACCGAUGUAAUAAAUCUUCAGCUCAAUUGUUUGUCUACUCACAAUUCACGACAAAUGCUCAAAAUAUCUUUCACUUACUUCAAUGCACGCAUGAAUACGUUGGAUGAUGGAUUGUCACAUCUUUUCAAAAACGAUUUCGCAGGCAUCUAUGAUGUAUUAGUGAAGUGCCUCUUUAUUUGCAAUUUUAGUUAUAAAACUAGGGCUUUUAAGUGUCUUUACAGAUAAAAAUCUAAUGGAUUUAGAUCAGGUUAACAUGUAAGCUAUGGAACUGAUCCUCUUCUACCUAUUCAUUAUUAUGAUAGAUAUCAGUAAAUACAUCUCGAAUAUAGCUAAGAUAUGCUAUUCAUGCAUAAAUCAUAUAGUUACUCUUAUCGCUAGAGGCACAUUGUCUAGAAGAUCUGAAGAGCGUUUAUGUAAAUAAACUCCCUAUAGGCAUUACCUGUAAGACGUGGUAAAACAUGGACUUACCAGACAGUUACCUACAAUACCAGCCUACUUAUUGAUCCUAAACUGCUACUGAUGUCUAGCAUUCUAGCAUUUGUCAUCUUAGAAAACAAAAUCCAGA